CAGAGAGCAGCCUUUAUUCUCUCUCGCAGAGCCAGCCAGUGAAAUGACGAUUUGCUGACCAAAGAGCAAAGUCCUUGCCACACACACAGGGUGACACUCCCCACCGGUCUAACCAGGCAGUAGACAACUCUUUGGCUUGGUCGGCACCAACCCGUCGCUUCUGAGAAACUUCACUAUCCUCACUCAGCUUUGCGGAUAAAAGAUGUGAAUAAGUCCCAUGGAGCUCAAGUGUCUUUUGAUGUGGCUCUUGUUUGGAUCCAUCAAGGGGAACAAGCCAGAAGAAUGCCCAGCUCUUCCGAGGAUGAAAUUUGCUGAUGUUACUGCUGAAACGUAUCCAGUGGGGACCAGACUGCAUUACGAAUGUGACAAUGGCUACAGGAGAAGAGGUGGCCAGAAGCCGGGAAUUCAGUGUCGGAGUACGCAGCAGGUUGCUUCUUGGGUCUACAGGGAAUUUGAAUGCAUUGAUGACAAAAUUUUGUUGUCAAUGGCGCCCAUGGUGAAACUAAAUGUAACACAGAAGCCAGAAAGAAAAACAGAGAGCCCUGCACCCCAGAAGCAAGAAAACCUUUCAGACUUUGACCAGAAAGAUUUUUGUGGUCCUCCCAAGACUAUUCCACAUGCCUCUUUAAUCCUGACCAAACGGUAUUACGUGGGGCAAGUAUUACAUUUCAAAUGCCAGAGUGGUUACGAUAAGCAAUUCCCCACCUCUGGCAACCGCACGUGCAAGAAAGUGAAUGGCAAAAUCAUCUGGACCCCCCUUGACAUGCGAUGCACCAAUGACAGCAGCUCUAGAGAUGAGUGGCCAGAUCCAUCUGUUUCCCUGUGGUGCCCAGUUCAGAGUGUUUCAGGUUCGACUCGUCCAUCCUUUUCCUCAUCUGUGAUACUGCCAAUGACAGCUGUAUUUUUGGUUCUGCUUAUCAUUCCUGCUCUCUUUGUGUGACUCACCAAGCAGAGAAUACGGUAAGUGGGAAGGAACCAGGAAAGAGUGAAAUCUAAAAAAAAAAGAUUGGAAGACCUACCAACUGGAUCAGCCAUUGCGCUAUUACACUGCUUAGAUUUCUGAAUGCCUUCUUUGGUAUUAAAUGAAUGACCCUGGAUUUUGGGUUGUCUGGUUCAGCUAUUAAAUACUGGCACAAGAAAAGGAGUUAGAGCUUUUGAAAUCAAAAAGCACGCUUUGUCCCAGCCAUAGUGGAACUGAGAAUGACAGUUCAGAUAAUGUGUGUAAAAUGAAUCCCUUGGGGAAAUUAAGGUUAAUUAUGCAAAUAUGUUGGUUUCAGAUAGAUUACACAAUCAGUCUUUUUCUCUUUGGCUAACCUGUGGGAAGUCUGGUGGAGCAUCUGUCACAACAACCACGUAAUUUGUUUUCCUUCAUCCCCCUGAUUUCUCAGUUGUGUCAUGGCAACUUUGUACUUCAGACUUCUUUCAGUCUGGCCUCCUCGCUGUUUCUAUUACUACACUGAGAUGCACAAAGGCUGAUCCUGUUCACAGGCUCCCCAGCCUAGUUAAUCUAAGAUGUCCCUAUUUGACACUUGGGAGUUCUCCUUUUCUUCUCUUUCUUUGCUAAUCCUCAUCCCCAUUUCUCUUCACAUUCCUUGCUAAUUACUGAUGGGCUCUGGUUCUCUGCUGAAUAGUGAUUUUUCUCAAAAAGGAGGAGGACCUUGUGAAACCACAUCAGCAGUGCUUUUUUUGUGAGUUCACGAUAGGAUAAAGCCAUAGAAAUUGUAGACAACGCUUUGAAACUUGUUUUAAUGAAGAUGGUCAACCAUGGUGCAGAUUGCCUCGGCCAUUGUGGGAUUUCUGAGAAUACGAUUGGUAAAAAAUUGGCAAGAAUGAUCUAUGUUUCACUGUCCCUAUGGUGGAACAGGUGAUGAAGUAGCCAAUACCAGAUGACAUAGUAACUGAGAUCCUAAGUGGUGUCUUCUGCAGAAAGUACUGCGUAGUUUCUCACAGUAACCACAGAAGAAGCUAUAGAAAACCUGCCUCUCCCCACUGUAGUAAAGUCUUUUUCCUGCUGUAGAGAAGACUUCUCGAGGAAUUGCAGUGCUCAGAUUCAAACUCAUGAAACCGAUGCCUUGCCACAGAAGAAACCAGGUUGCACCAGUGACUCCAAGACCAGCAGUGACAAACAAGGAGGAAGCCUGGACACUCAAAUCCAAUGCAUGAAGGAGGCAGAAAAUAUUAUGGCUUAAUUCUUAUGGGGACAGGGUGACUUUCCACCUACAGAGUACGGAUGUAGGGAGCACACCCCAUCAUUGACAGAUGCCCUGCCUGAAACUGCUUCCCAGAAACACUUCUCCUCCUACCAUAUAGCAGAUGCAUUGCUAAUAUAACUGCAGCCUCUCCCAAGCGACCAGGCGUACAUAUGGACCGCUCGCCCAAGCACGUUAGAUGAUGGCACCGUCAUUACAGCCCACACACCGCCUUCCCCACAAAGAGAGAUGCUGGACACCUUAUGUCCCCCUUCCCUACUCAGAUGGGUCAAACCCAGUCACACUUUUCUCCUCCUCACACUGUUUCUUUUGGAAAAGGAAAUUAAACCCAUUUACCCUCUACCCAUAAGCUGAGAAUCUUACUGGACUCCCUCAUGGUUCAGUAUACGCAUGCAUUUGUCAUCUCCCCCUCUUCCCAAUUAUUUUAGACGAGCCCCUUCCACAACAGUUACUACAUUAUUCCUCCAGCUCAGAGAAGGAUGCUGCAGAUUGUGGCAGUUGAUUAAUUUGACAGUUCCUUUCGUAGAUGCAGAGCACCAAAGAACCAAGCGCAAAGGCAUUUGAGGAAAGACUCAAGCAUGCAGGAUACUUGACAUGUGCUUAUAUUAUUGUGAAUUUGUGAAGUUUGAAUAGUCUUCUGCCACUUUUUAGCCAUGUUCAGCCUGGUAGGAUGGGGUUUAUCUGACAAAAUGCAAGUAUCCAUGUUUGAAAAUGGGAAGAAACAAGUCCCAUCAGAGAACAGUCCAUCUCACCCCAUUGUCUAUAUAUGUGGGUAUAUGUGUGUAUUUAUUUAUUAAUGCCAUAUAUAUAUAUAUAUAUACACACACACACACAGGCCAAAUGACUUAUGGUCUAAAGGCACCUGAUUCUCUGCAUUGACUCUAAAUGGUGCCCAGAUUGACCAGGUGAGCUACAGAUAUUUACAUGGCAUCUGUCAAAAGCAAAAUGGGAUGAAUCCAUCCCUUAUAUCAUUCUAUGAUUCUUAUAAUUCAGAAGGCAUGAGCUCUUAGUGUGUUUUCUGUUUUGUUACAGUGUGUAUGUGUCAUUGCUUUACUGAGUUGUAUUCCUGUUGAGUUAUUCUCACUUCAUAGCCCUGAUAUUUAUACUUCCCAUGGCUUUUUUUAUUCCUGUUGGAAUAAGACUUUUUUGUACUACAUAUCUUUAUAAAAAUGGAUGUGUAAUGGUCUAUGACAUGGUGUUAUUUUGUAUGGGAGCGAACAACAAUCUGUAUUUACGCAAUAGAUGAUAGGUUUUCACACCUGUCAGCUGUUUUGAAGGCUGCAAGCAGUGGUUCUAAACUCUUCUGCUUCAUUUGGCUGAUGCACAUUACUUAUUGCUAUCAUACCUCUGUUAAGUGCUGCGGUUAGGCUGGCAUGACUUGUCCUGCUCAGGGAAUUACACUCGAAAAGGCUAAAUAUUUGAAUUUCUCCUAACACACGCAUUUUUAUGCAGAUAACAAGAGCAGAAUCAUACGUCUCUUACUGCUCCACUGUUUUUUCCUCCUUUCCCUAGCCAGGUUGGCUCAGGGGCGCUAUCUCCAUAUCUUGUCUUUGUUUCUUGGAAAUUCAGGGAGACACACUGCUGGUAAGGGACCUGUAAGCAACAGUGGGUUCCAGACUGGACGACUAUUACAGAGUUUAGGUUUUUGAGCUAUUGAUGUCCACAUAAAGAGUCUGAACCCAGGUCACCUCCAGCACGGAGCUGUAUACUUACUUUAUUGGGAAGCUAUAACUCACACUUGAGCUGUACUUUACCUCUCAGUAGGGCUUGUUUGCCCUCUGGGGAAGCAUUUGUGUCUGAGGUUUGAGCCUUCAACACAACGGAGAGCACAUGGAAGCCAGUAGGAGCCAUCCUGGGAGCAAAACACCGCCACUGGAGGAGGCCGUGGCCAAAGGAGCACCAUCACUGUUGUGCUUUCUUCAUGGCCACUCUCUCUCGUUUUACGAGAAGUGCUGGUUGAUAUUUUUAUUUUGUAGACUUUGGCUUUCUCAGCAUGGAUACAACUA